GUGCAGCUGGGUGGGCUGCUGGACAUCUUCGGGGAUCACCACGCCGGGCACCACGGCCUCGCCCAGGGCUCCUUCGAGGUGCACAACGACGAGUCCGGUGUCCUGAUCUCCGCGGUGCUCCCCGGCUACGAGGCGAACUCGAGUUGCAAGAAGAGCGAGAAGCCGCUCUCGGUGCGGGCGGUCGGCAGGUCACUGGUGAUCAGUGGCCUUCACCACCAGGGCCCCAUUGUCAGCCAGUGGCAGCGGGUCUUCUCCGUGCCGAAGAACAGUGACAUGGGCCACGUGUCGGUCACGUACAACUCCAGCAGUGGCAACCUCACGGUGGUCGUGCCUCGGGGCAAUGCGACCCAACCGGAGGAGGAGUGCCAACCGGAGGGCGUGGUGGGCGUGGUGGGCGCGUUGCCGCCGGCGCUGCGGGCGCUCAGGAUCGCCUGUCCAGCUCUCUUUGGAAAACGCCCACGUCGCCUGAUGCCUCACGCUGCCGCGAGCCACACUGCUUGCGCUCACGCCGGGCCGAGGUCCGCAUCGCUACAUGGGGAUGUGGCAUCGGCCAUCGGCCAGCAGGUGGAGCAGAUGAUUCUGCAGGCCAAAAAGGACUCAGAAGCACGAGUGAGGCAUGAGCUCAAUGUUGCUCGCACCCAGCUGCAGCAGAUGGUGCUGCUGCAGCAGUUGGAGGAUGUGAGGGCCACAUUAGCGAGCUGGGCGAUCGGGUCGCUCGAUGUGUGCGCUUCAACUCCGCAGGCAGGUCAGAAGAUUAAGCAGCUGGAGCAGAAGUGGGGCUCGGAGGUGAAAGCCUUGAAGCAGGACCUGCAUCGCACGAUCCUGGCGCACAACCACAAUUCGGACCUCAUGCGACACCACCGCGAUGCCUUGGAGAAGGCCAGGCGAGAGCUGGAUGCCCAGCCGGCACCGAAGGCGGAGCAGGUGGAUGCGCAGAUUGAGAAGGUGGAUCGCAUGUUGCGGGCAGGGCAAGUCUGGGACCCAGGAUUCGUGAGCCGCGGUAAUCGUCUAGCUGGCAUGGAGCUUGGGACUCCGUUUUAUCACAAAGCCAAGCUGGCCACCCUGAAAACCGCCGCUUUUCGAGGCGAAGCAGCGUGCCUUGGAUGCCCUCACGGAGCGGCUCACACAGCUGGAGCAACAGGCGAGGCGAUUCACAGGUUCCUCAAACGGGCGGUGUCGGUGAGUCUCCGAGUCAGUCCGGUCCCAUCUUCCCAGAGCUCCGUGCGUCCCUGUGUCGAGGCGGCGCAGCUUUUCCCCAACUUGGCUGGCUCUGCGCCUCCAGGCGCUUCGGAGAGACAGAGACAGAGCAAGGCUAGGCCGCAAGUCCAUCAGGCUUAG